AUGUCUGGUGUUUGGGUGUUCAAAAAUGGCGUGGUUAGACUAGUGGAGAACCCCGGUGCUGCUGGUGCGUCUCGUGGGAAGUUUCUGGUGCAUCUACCCACCAACGAAAUUGUUACUUCAUAUGAGGUUCUUGAAAGAAUGCUCACAUCUAUCGGGUGGGAAAGGUACUACGAUGAUCCGAGCCUUCUUCAAUUUCAUAAAAGAUCCACCGUUCACCUCAUAUCUCUCCCUAAAGACUUCAAGAAGCUCAAGUCAAUGCACAUGUAUGAUAUUGUGGUCAAGAAUCGCAAUGUGUUUGAAGUACGGAACUCAUAA